CUACAAAGAACCCUAACAAAAAUAGUAGAUAAGAUGAAUCCUCCCGCCUUCCUACCCUUCCUCCUCAUGAUCACACAGAGCCUCGUCUUCACCUCCCACGGCAACCGCGUCUAUUCCAGCGCACAAUAUCUCAUCGUCUCGGAGACCCACCGCGGCGGCGACGAGCUGACCCUAGCCGACGGCGCCCCCACCAAUAAGAACCACACCCAUGGCUCCUACCAGGUCAGCAAACAAGGCAACAACCCGACUUAGAUUAGGAAGUUUCAACAAUGGAAGCGGCAGCGACGGCGGGGAAGUUUCAAACCCAAUUUAGUUUGACUGGGAAGUUUCAACAAUGGAAGCGGCAACGACGACGGGGUAUUGGUAUUGGGGAUUGGUUUUUAUUUAUUUUAAAUAAAAAGUGAUAAUGAGG